AUGGAGAUGCUGAUACAGUCCGACUUUUGUGACGGAUCGAUUGUUACCAAUCAAUUCGGUACGAUUGACAAGAAAGCACACUCGCAGCCUCCGUUCCUUGAGCUGAAAAAGGCAAGCGCUUUUCGCACCAACCAUACAGGCGCGAAGUUUACCAUUCUGCAGGAGCCAACCGUGGAUGAUUGUGAGGGCAAGAAUAGCAUCACAUAG